GAUUUUUGUGAAGUGAUUGACAAUAAAAAAAGGUCAUUUUAACGCCGAGGCAUAAAAGUAAAUCACUUUUACACUUUUUAUGAGCUCCAGGCUAUGGGUUUAGAAGAACUAUGGAUUUUAUUUGGGUCGGGAAAGAAUCGACAUUACAUUGCAGCUUACAAAACGCUAUCCAACUAAGAAGAGAAAGGUGUAUGGGCCUCCGAGGCUUUCAUGCCUUUGCCGGUUGUGACAGUGUCUCCUUCUUUACUGGAAAAGGAAAAAAAGAUGGAAAACAUGGAUGUCAUGUGAGUCAGCAACAGAUGCAUUUACUUUUAUGUCUUUUCCGAAUGACCACAUUCCAAGUCACAUUCAAGCACUUCUUGAAGACUUUACAUCAAAGAUGUACCUAUGCUGCAACUACAGGAAUCUCCAAAGUUGAUCAGCUUCGAAAGCACCUGUUCUGCACUGAAAGUAAGCCGCGACGCUUAAUUCCUCCUAGCUCCGCAGCACUUUUUCAACAUUGCCUUCGUGCUGCAUAUCAAGCUGGCCCAUUUGGGGCAGAUCAUUGGAUAUGUUACAGUGUGACCCACCGACUCCAAAUUCUUGGGGUUGAAGGCAGCACAAUAAAGCCACUUUGGUCAACACUUUCAUGUAUAUGGACAGCUUACAGAGAGCUAGAAAGUGCAUAUGAAGAAAAUUUACUGGAAUAAGCUCAUGGGAAGCGAAAUUUCUAUAUUGGCCCAAGUAGCAUCUAUCUGACUUCGAACUAAAUCUGACCUGAA